AUGGAGCUACUUAUCCAGCAGUGUGCUACUGCCCAAGGCGGCUCUCUAACCAUGCCUUCAACCGUCUCCGGCGCACGAGAGCAUGCAGCAGCCAACGCGACGAUACUGGACCUGUUGGCUCAGACGUGCGUAGAGGCGAAUGCGGCGGUACAGGAGCUCAGCGUGGGUGAAGUUGCCGCCGGAUUGGCUAGCGCUGUGUCCGCCACACAGGAGAGUCUCCGCAGCGUGGGCCAGAAUGUGGGUGCGAUCUUGCAGGACCCCGCGCAGAUGCGCGAGCUGUGCUACCAUGUCAAGGAGGCCGACGCUAAGGCGGGAUCGACUGUGCUUAUGGUCUCAACCGACGAAGAGAACGUACGUAACAUGAUGGUGUUCGCGGAGAACAUGUGCACGACAAUGGACCACGCCCUGAGUACAAUUACACCGGACGAGCUGGCAUUGGCGGCGCAGUUAUCACUGAACAUUGCACAGAAGCUCCUAGAUGCAGGACAGUCGCUGUUUACGUCGCUUGGAGAUGAAGAACGCAGGAAACUGAAACGAUCUGCCGUGCUUCGGACGUACGUCAUGGACCUGUAUAACCGGACUCGUGAAGAAGCAGUGGAACAUCCGUUCCUCGCAGGAGCACUCACUGUCGCCGGGUUGCCAUUCAUUGGGCUGGCGAUCCCUGUGGCAAGCAUGGUCGCGCUGGCGCUUAUGAUAGAAAAGUAUUACCCGGAGCACGCGAAGUUGACGAUGGAGCUCUGUUCCAACUUCAUUCAGAUGUCCAAACUCUGGUUCCUCUUGUUGAAGAUUAGUGCCCGUCAAAUCAGUGUAGUGGCAAAAGAGUGCUUCAAGUCGUGGUACGAGUACGCUUCCACAAAUGGUUUCGUGGCUACAGGCUUUGAGCUGGCUUCGACGGGAUGCAGUGUUGGCUUCCUUGGUGUCUCCUACCUGUAUCAGAUGGCAUUUGGCUUUACCAAACAAGCUGUUCAGUAG